AUGGAGAAAGCUGAAGAAAACAUACGAACUUCAAAAGUAGAGAAUGAAAAUGUGGAACUGAAUUUAGGGCUUUCAUUGAAUGGAAAUUAUAUUGCUAAAGGGAAGAUUAAAAACUUCAUGCUCAACCAUAUGACUUUUGUUUCCACAAGAGGUAAAGGACCAAAUGGAAAGAAGACUGAAGGAUUGUUAUACCUGUGUAACAAGAAAGAUGAAGUGGAGAUAGUUUUUCUUUGUCAUGGUGAUCUUCUAAAUGCAGCUGAAUUUGUCGAACACGCUAGUGGAUGUUAUGUAGAGCACCCUUUAAACCAUAUAUUUAUUGAUGGAGAAUAG